AUGACCAAUAAAAUUAAUAUAAAUAGGAACAUCCUCUUGCACUCUUAUACUUUUCCAAAGAACUAUCGAGGAGAACAAUUUGAAACUUUCAGUAUAGAAAAAGGACAGUUAGAAGUCCAUCAUACAAGAAUUUCAAAUGGAUCUAAUAACCACAUGAAAAGUUCUUGGACUUAG